GGUAGCUUAGCAUAGAAACAAACAUGGCGGAUGUCAACAAUCAAAUAUCUUUUAAUUAAGAUGUUUCAAUUAAUUAUUUAAGCAGUAUUUUUUAUCGUGAUCGUGAUGACGCUAUAACGUGUAAAAGAAACCAGUAACAUGCCAGCCUACAUACUACCCAUAGAACGAACCCGCGCAGCCUUCCUGAAGCCUCCAGGUGGGCUAAGGUUUGGAAACUUUGAAGGCGUUGUCAAUCUCCCGCCAUUGAAGCCCCUUGUUUCCAGCCUUGGCGCUCAGAGUUUCUCCAGUCUGAACAACAACCAGAUCUACAAGGCAGUGUGUGAUUGGUACGAGACAUGGCGUCCAUGGCAACAGAGGGUGUUGAUAUGCGGAAUUGUGGACAGAUGUUCCAUGCGUCAAGUGGACAUGCUGGCAACCACUCUUGAGCCUGUCAAACAUCGUGACUACACAGUCGCUGUCAAUCAUCAGUAUCCCACAACACCUCUGAAGAAAAUCAGGGACAACAAAAAGAAGAAGAAGAAAGCUCCAGCAAAGAAAAAAAAGAACAAGCAAAAAUCUGUAAAAGAGCCUUCAACUUUUCAGCUUACAUUAACAAGAGAGGGAACUUUUGCAAAUGCAUCCUCACCUGUAUCAGUGAUUGACGAUGAUCAAGAAAACUUGUUGAGAAGUCAAGGAGAUGUCAUUUAUGAAAAACUUGAAUCACAGACUAUCACUUAUGAUGGGAACCACACGCAAAGAACGCUUGAUCAGUCUGAGAGUAGACUACAGUCCACAAACAUUGAAGACUUUGCAAACUCGUUGGCUAGUAGAAUACUCUUGGAAUCUAUACCAAAAACAGUAAAGAUUUUCGAUCCUUCAGAGCUGUAUGCCCAAGACUUGGCUAGCACUAUUGUGCAACAGGCUAUGGAUAGUGUUGAGCUCUUCAUGACAGCGAAAGAAAAAUCCAUUCUUGAGCGGACCACCAAGUUGUAUACGCUGAUUGACGAGCAAGAGCAUGGGAUGAGAGAACAAGUCAGCUAUGAAAACAUGCUGGCUACAGAUCCAUUACACAACAGCCCUGUGGCACAAGUUGUCAGUGGAAAGAUUAGGUUGGAUGGCCCAGGAAUCUCACCAGUAAAGCGUGUAAUUGUACGGUCUGAAUCUGAAAAGCCUGAAAAGAAAGUUGACAUGUCAAUCCUUGAUAAAUAUCGCAAAUACAAGCAACCAAGUGACAGUGACAAGCCAGAUUUCUACAAGAUGACUGGGCGUCCAAAGUCCCUGGUACGGAUUCUUGUGCCUGAAAAGGGUGCUCCGGGGGAGCUGAAAAGGUCAGACAGCCCAAAGUCUAUGGUCUCCCGGUGGUCAGCUGUUACCCACAGCACCCUGAGUGAACUUCGUUACAAGCUGUUUGGAGCUAGGGCUGUAGCCACGCCAGAUUUUUUCAAGAGUGAUGGAGUGGGGCAAACUCAGGGGGGCAUGCUACAUUUACGUCAGGGUGGGGUGAGAAGGCCCCAGGGUAUUCAGAGUGUCCCGGUGCCCAUCUCCAAGCUUUACAAGAGCGUGAAGUGGUGGACUGAGGGGGCGGGGGAUGGUAAGAGCCUGGUUAGGGCCCAGAAAUCGGAACUAGGGGCCAGCUUUAAGGAGCAGCUUCAGCAGGUCUGGAAGUGGAUGUCCCUGUGGGAGGACUUUGAGAAGGUGGCUCUACUGAAGGUGCUGCUGAAACUGUGCACCCCGGAGGAUCUGAACUUCCUGUAUGCACACCUGCAUCAGAGGUUACGCGACCACAGGGAUAUCAACCGCCUGUCAGACAAGCUACUGCUUUACAUCUUCUCUUUCACGCCAGCGAGCGGUAUCACCACGCUUAAGAAGGUAUGCAGAAGAUGGAGAUAUCUAUGUGCUACUGACGACCUGUGGAUGAUUAAAUGUCAUGAGUUAGGACUACAAGAAGGCAUAAAGAAUCUGGAGAAGAUGAUAGUGCAUGCCAAAGGUUAUCGGAUGGUGAUUGACUGGAGGAUGGCAUAUGACGAGAUAAGACUCAUCACGGACAAAAUGAAACAGGCCAUGAUGAAGAAGAAAGAGAAGCCACCACCUCAGGGAAGAACAGUGGAGUUCAAAGAACAAUUGGAAGAGCUGAAACAGAAAGAUGUAGACAAUGUCUCGCCACAAAAAUCACAUUCAGAUCUUGCAAAAACAACAAAAAUAAAACCAGACUUGGACAACAUCUCAGUAACUUCCAGUGAAAGCUCCUCAUUUGAACCUGAUUAUCCCCGCCCAAAAUUUGAAUUCACAAAUAAAAUUGUUUUAACCAAUGUGGCCCCGCGGGCUGCCCUAACACGAGAAGAACUCCAGGCUAUAAUUAAACGCCUGGUUAUUGAUCCUGAAGAGAAAGAGAAGGAGCGAGCUAUAAGUCGUGGGACACCUGUGAUAGUUGAGCUUGAGGUCAAGAGGGGCACAUUAUCGGCGGUGAGGGGUCAGCCCAGACAGGUGGACGUGGAUGGACAGAGUGUGGUGUCUGAGGACCUGCGUCAUUAUGACGAUGAAUACAGGAUACAGUGGGACACAAUGCCUGAUCGUAAGCGCACAAAUCCCUCAAGUGUCAUGCUAACUGAAGCCACAGUGGAGUUGAUAGGGGCCACACCGGACAUCAAACAAGGACCUAAGGACCCUUUCUCUGCACUCAGGAAGGACGUUGGCCCGUCUAUUUUACGCCGCAAGCCCCAAAACAUGGCCGAUGACGCGGCUGGUGAUGAUGUGGCUUAUGACAUCCGCCCUGAUCUGGUCCCUGCUACUGAUAUAAUGGGCAAGGCUAAGGCUAACAUGAGUCUGAAGUGGCACCAGGAGCCCCAGGGCUCCCCCAGUGGUCAGGACCACACCCCCAGGUACACAAGACCGCCCAGGUUUGUGGGGGAAGUGAGGAGUGUGCUGAGGGCCAGGAAACUACAGGGUCAUAUGAGUGGGAUAACCUGUGUACAAUUUGACAAACGCAGACUGGUUUCAGCAGGAUUGGACCGCGUUAUCAGAAUGUGGGACAUACGCAGUGGUCGCAGUCUGCAUAAGUUCUUGGGGCACAAGGGAGGAGUUAGAUGUCUGCAGUUCUAUGGGAAUGAGUUAGCCACUGGAUCCUGGGACACUACUAUUAUGAUUUGGGACUUGCGUAAUCUCUGUCGCCACCACAUCCUCACCGACCACAGUGACAGUGUCACAUGCCUGGCCUUGAACCAGGACUUCAUGGUUUCUGGCUCAGAAGACACAACAGUGCGCGUUUGGCGACGGGCAACCUAUUUCUGUUCCAAUGUGAUACGCGGCCAUAAAAUGGGUGUGACAAGCAUUGCCUUUGAUGGGAGCCAUGUUGUUUCUGCUUCUAAAGAUGGAAACCUGAGGUUGAGCAACAUUCUCUCGGGCGAAUGCGUUUGGACUUUCUUGGCAGCUGAUGUACCUGUACCUAUUUACACUGUGGCGAUGAAGGGCAGCCUCAUCCUCAGUGGGGACAGCAUGGGUCGUGUGUAUUUCUGGAACAAGAUGACGGGAGAGAAUGAGGCGGCCAUUGAGGCUCACACCGGAGCGAUCAACAAGCUGGCCUACCUUGCUGGGCGCUUCUACACUGCCUCUGGAGAUGGCAGUAUCAGAGAAUGGGACCUCGUCACCAUGACGAGUGUUAGACUCCUCGAGGGUCACAAGGGUCCAGUAAGAGACUUCAUGGUGACCAGUGAGCGCAUGGUGAGUUGCAGUGAGGACGGCAGCAUACGAAUCUGGGACCUCUUUGACCCGCGCAAGAAAACCACCGAGGCCGAGCAGAUACAGCAGUUGUACCAGGACAGCCUCUGAUGUGAACACUGGAUGGAUGUGAUGUGAACAUUGGGUGGAUGUGAUGUGAACACUUGGUAGAUGUGCUGUGGACACUGGAUGGAUGUGAUGUGAACACUGGAUGGAUGUGAUGUGAACACUUGUUAGAUGUGGUGUGAACAUUGGAUUAUGUGAUGUGAACACUGAGUGGAUGUGAUAUAAACAAUGUCAACAUCAGGUGGAUGUAGACUUGGUGGAUGUGACAUGAACACUGGAUGGAUGAGAUGUGAAAACUGGGUGGAUGUGAUGUGAACACUGGAUGGAUGUGAUGCGAACACUGGAUGGAUGUGAGUAGAACUCUGGGUGAAUUUGAUGUGAACACCUGGUGGAUGUGAACAUGUGGGUGAUGUUACCACUGGAUGUGAUUUGAACUCGGGGCGGAUGUGAAAACCUGUGGUGAUAUGGAGGUCAUAUAGAAACUUGAGGUUAUGUGAACAUUUUGGUCCUGUCAACAUUUGGGAUCAUUUGAACAGUUGAGGUCAUGUAAAACACCUGCAGUGUUGUACACAUGAGUUGAAAUAAAGCAACAAUUUUAGAUAAAAGAAUGCGUUGAUGGAAAUAUUUUGCGUUUAAAAGCAGACUGUUUAUGUAAACAUUUAUGUGAUUUUAAUGCUUGGUAAUGUGAGCAUUUAUAUGAUGUAAACAUUUUGUUAUAUGUGAACAGUUAUGUGAUGUAAGCAUGUGGUGAUGUGAACCAUUUUAUGAUGCAAACAUAUAGUGAUGUGACUUUUUGUGAUGUUAACAUUUUGGGAUGUGGAAAGUGAUGCAAUUAAAACAUGAGUGUGACUUGAA